CAAUAGUUAAACCACUCCCAGACAGUGUGAUUAUUUGCACUGUAGAGACGUAGUUAAUUUUCUUUUUUGUUCGGUAUAGCCAGGUAAUUAGACGAAAAAAAAGAAAAAAAAAAGGCUAUUCUAUCAUAAUAUCUGCUCUGUCGUUUGUUUAGUUUUUCAAAAACAUCUAGAAGUACUCGCUAUUAACGAUGGUCGCUGCCAAAUCUUCUGUCAGGAUCGGAAAUGACGCCGAAACAUAUGUGUUUGACAUAGCUCAACUGAAAGAUCAGAUAGCUGCUAGCUGCUCUAACGGUACUUGGGCUUGUUAUGACAAGACAACUUUACGAGAAUCAUUCAAAGUUCCAAAUGCUCACUCUAAUAUCACAGGUAUUAUUAACUAUGAGAAGCAUAAUGGUGUAUUAACUUGUGGUACCGACGGAAAAUUACACUUGUGGGAUAUACGAAAUUCACCAUCCAAGCCAGCUAGAACUUGGACUUCACAAUCAGUCCCCUUAACAUGUUUGGCAGCGAAUCAGACGGAGCAGAUAGCAGCUGGUUCUGAAUUGACACGCUCUUUAGCUUCCAUCUUCUUGCUAGAUGCUAGAAAUGAGCAAAAGAUCAUCCGUCAAUGGAACGAUGCUCACAACGAUGAUAUAACCAGUUUACAAUUCCAUCCAAAAGAUAAUAAUUUACUACUUACUGGGUCCGUGGAUGGACUUGUUAAUCUUGUAGACAUUACUAAAGACGAAGAUACGGAGAAUAUCGACGAAGACCCAUUGUUGCACGUAAUUAACCACGACGCUUCUAUUCACGUUGCUCGCUUUUUAGGUAAACGGAGAGUCUUGGCAUUGUCUCACAUGGAAUCUUACGCUCUGUAUAAGUUAAAACGUGAUUCAGACGAGAAAACAUGGACGAGUAAAGAGGUUGCUUCAGAGCAAGACUUACGACAAUCGCUUCCAUGUAGUUAUGUAAUUGAUGCUUUUCCUGGUAAUGAUAAGCACUCUUAUAUGCUCGCUUUUGGCUCUUUUUCAAGUAAUGAGACUCAGAUAGCUUCUUUGGACGCAGACACCGGUGCAAUUCACAAAAAUGAUACCAUAUUUGAACGAAUGAGUACUGAAAUUUGCCGAGCAAUUACCUUUGACUCUAAAAAUCAUGCAUAUUACAUGGGCGGUGAAGAUGGUAUGCUACAAUGUUUUACUGUAUGAUUUAAAAAGGAGAAUAGGAACAUAUAAAAUUAGAGUGUCUUAUUUAUUAGCUUUUUUUUGGUAGUUUUAUAUUAAAAAUCAUCCAGCGUUUUGCUUGUACUCUAUAGGCAACAUUCCCUCAGAUGUUGAAUGGAUUUUUAAGAGCAUAUAUUAA